AUGUCGGCAGAUAGCUCGCCGAUAAAAUCUUCAAGAUCUCUGAACAAAAUUGAAACAGUGGAAGACUUUGAAAAUCAAGACACAUUGUUAAAACAUGUUGAUAUAUCGAUUGUGGAGUCUGAGAAGCGAGCUAACGGCACCUUGCAUGUGCGAGAUCAUUACACUGUAUAUUUAAUCGAUCUCAAAGUCACAGAUCCUGAAUACAAUAUAGUGCAAUCAAAAAUUAGUACUAUAUGGAGAAGAUACACCGAGUUUGAGCAAAUUCAUGAUUAUUUACAGGUUACAUAUCCACAUGUAGUAAUUCCACCUCUGCCGGAAAAAAGGGUAUUGUAUGCAUGGCGGAAAUCAGAUACAACAGAUCCCGAGUUUGUUGAGAGAAGGCGGGCUGCACUCGAGAAUUUCUUAUUAAGAGUGGCUUCGCAUCCAAGACUUUGUUUUGAUGAUCAGUUUAUCAAUUUCCUUCAACAGGAACAUGGAUGGAGGGAAACUAUCACCGAUAGUGGCUAUCUGUUACAAGCUGAGAACAAAUUAAAAUCAUUAUCAGUAUCCAUAAGACUGAAGAAGCCGGAUCCAGAGAUAGAGAGUGUUAAAAAUUAUGGGAAACAACUUGAAACUAAUUUAGGAAAUUUUCUAUACACAAGAUCAAAAAUAAUAGAGAAAAAUUAUGCCCUAUGUAAGUUACAUGCUAACUACGGCAAGCUGUUUAGUGAGUGGAGUGUUAUAGAAAAAGAGAUGGGAGAUGGAUUACAAAAGGCUGGACAUUAUUUUGAUUCAAUAGCGGAUUCCAUAGACUCAGUGGCGGAAGACGAGGAACAAUUAGCAGAUCAGCUUAAAGAGUAUUUGUUCUAUGCUGCAGCGCUGCAACAACUGUGCGCUAACCAUGAAGCGCUGCAGCGGGCGCUAGAAAACGCGCAGGAUGCUCUCAAUAACAGGAUAUCUGAGCGUGGUCGCGCGGCCGCCGGCAAGUCCGGCAUCAUGUCUCGCUUGUUCGGUACUACGGAGCCCGACAUAGUACGCGACCACGCCACGAGAGCCCUAGACCACAAGAUACACACAGACAGAGACAAUAUUGAUAGAGCGAAGAGAGAUCUUGAAGAAUUUACCAAAAAGGCUAUGGUUGAGAUUGAAUACUUCCAAAAACAAAAAGAUAAGGACUUGCACGAGUCGCUAGUUGCUUUUAUAACAUUACAAGUAAAAGCAGCGAAAAAGGUAACUUUUUUUUUAAAGAAAAAAAUAUACUGA